AUGCUGAAGAUCGUCAUAGCCUUGGUCCUCCUUGUGACACUGGUCCAGAUCGCAGAGGCUGGCAUGCCAUUCCACCGAAGACGCAGAUACUGGGGAGGUUACGGUGGAGGAUACGGAGGUUACGGAGGAUACGGAGGUUACGGAGGAUACGGAGGAUAUGGUGGUGGAGGUUACAUGGGAGGUUACAUGGGAGGUUACAGAGGAGGUUACGGAGGAGGUUACGGAGGAGGUUACGGAGGAGGUUACGGAGGAGGAGGAAUGGGAUCACUUUUAGCUUUAAGAAUGUUCGGUGAUGACGGUCUUUUUGAUUACGGUGAGUGA